AUGAAACUUAAAUUACUGGUCUCUCUAAUUGGAAUAUUAAAGAUAUCUUCAGCUAUAUUAUUAGACACAAAGCGAUACUCUUACGGAGAGGAUUUGUGUGGACUAGAAGUCAAGAGUGUACUGAAAUAUAUCCCAGAUAUUACUGACAUAUCUAGUGGAAGUAUUGUCAAUUGUAUUCUUGAUAAGGAAAAGUUCAUUAUAACUAAUAAGGGCAAAACUAUUCAAGCUCUAGACCUGGAUUCAAUUAAUACUCCACUCUUAGUAACUUCAAGAACUGACCAUUGCUUUAGUAUUGUGAAUAAUAUGGAUGAGAAGCCCUUGACACUAUGUGGAGAUACCGUUGGAGCUAGGAAUUAUAUAAUGAAGAAGAUAACACAGAAUAUUCUUUGUCGUCACCUUGGGGAGAUGAGAAGUGAAAUAUCUGGUAUAUCACCAUUAGAACAAGAAGCUCGCAUAGCCUUACAAGGAAAAAUGCCAGGUGAGGGUGGCAUUUCAAUUCAUUUAGAAGGAAUGAAGGAGGCCCCCCAUAUACAAGUAGUAUCAAAUUCAGUCCUAACUUGA